AUGGCAUCGUCUUCUCAAUUUAAGCAGCUCGAGAAGCUGGGUAAUGGUACGUAUGCGACGGUUUACAAAGGGUUGAAUAAAACAACAGGAGUUUACGUAGCACUGAAAGAAGUCAAACUAGACUCUGAAGAAGGAACGCCUUCCACUGCGAUAAGAGAGAUUUCUCUAAUGAAAGAGCUGAAACACGAGAACAUUGUUAGACUCUAUGAUGUAAUCCACACCGAAAACAAACUAACCUUGGUGUUCGAGUUCAUGGACAAUGAUUUGAAAAAGUACAUGGACUCAAGGACUGUUGGGAAUAAUCCACAGGGCCUUGAGCUAAGCUUAGUCAAGUAUUUCGAGUGGCAACUACUGCAAGGUGUAGCUUUCUGCCAUGAAAACAAGAUUCUUCACCGUGAUUUAAAGCCCCAAAAUCUGCUUAUAAACAACAAAGGGCAAUUAAAGCUCGGUGAUUUCGGCCUAGCGCGGGCAUUCGGAAUUCCAGUGAAUACGUUCUCGAGCGAAGUUGUAACAUUGUGGUACCGUGCUCCUGAUGUCCUUAUGGGAUCUAGAACCUACUCAACUUCAAUUGACAUCUGGUCUUGUGGAUGUAUCCUGGCAGAAAUGAUAACAGGAAAACCACUUUUCCCUGGAACUAAUGAUGAAGAGCAAUUGAAACUCAUUUUCGAGACUAUGGGAACUCCAACAGAACGCACGUGGCCCGGUGUAUCGUCGUUACCUAAAUACAACCCCCAAUUUCCUCAACAUCUACCCAAGGAUUUAGGCGCUUUAUUACAAAGUCAAACUCGUGAGAAGUUAGACGGUUCUGUGAUUGACUUACUGCACGGCCUCCUGAAGCUAAACCCCGAUAAAAGACUAAGUGCUAAGCAGGCUUUGAACCACCCUUGGUUUUCGGAAUACUACCAGUAG